AUGCCUCGAACCAGGGCCGAAGUCCUGUUGGAUAUGUACGGACACGCGGAAGGAGGGAUCUCCCGUGCGUACGUGAUAUGCGUGGCUGGAAUGGCAGAAAAGUUACGCGAGGCGGCCGCACGUGGCGACGUUGCGCGGGUUGCACGUCUCCUUGACGAAGAUAUUAAACCAUUGCCGGACGAGAAUGGCAGAGGUCCUCUCAUAUUGGCUGCUGCAGCGGGCCACUUGGACGUCUGCGAAACUCUGCUUCUUCGAGAAAUCGACGUCAACGCUGCAGAUAAUACUGGCGUCACAGCUUUGCAGAGAGCGGCUUCUGAGGGACAUUUGGAAGUUGUCGAAUUGCUGCUGAAGCACAGCGCCGAUGUCUCUCGUCAGGACACCGUGCAUGGAAAUUCAGCUCUCCACGAGGCGUCCUGGCGUGGAUACAGCCGUACAGUGGCCGCCCUGGCGAAGGCCCUCGGGACACAACGUGCACCCCUGCACACGAGGAAUCUCGCCGGAUUCGCACCGCUCCACCUCGCCUGCCAAAACGGCCAUAACCAAAGCUGCCGCGAGAUCCUGUUGGCGGGCUGCAAUCCCGACCUUCAAAACAACUAUGGAGAUACGCCAUUGCAUACGUCUGCCAGGUACGGACACGCCGGAGUGACGAGGAUUUUGAUCUCCGCGCUGUGUCGGGUAUCGGAUCAGAAUAAGAACGGCGACACGGCGUUGCACAUCGCAGCAGCGAUGGGACGUCGGAAGCUGACGAGGAUCCUGCUGGAGGCUGGCUGCGACCGUAGCCUGAGGAACAAACAGGGGGAAACGGCGAAGGACAUCGCGAGGCGCAAGAACCUGACGGAGAUAUUGGAGAUAAUCGGUAAAGCGCGAAGCAAGAGCAGAACGCGUAGUAAGAGCCGCGAGGAGGAGGCGGCGGCGGUUGCGCCGGUUGCGGACAAGGUCGACGGGAAGAACAGUGGCAGCAGCAACGUGGUCGGUAAGAGCGAGAAGAAGAGAGAGAAGACCGGUAGUGGGACCAGCGGCAGUAGGGACAGUUGCACGAAGAAGGAGAAAAAGAAGCACAAAUCGUCCGGUAAGCAGAACAAGGUCCACUUCGAGAAGGCCGUGAUGGGUAGACAGUGGUCCCCGUACGGUUGCCACUACUAUCCCGAUCCGGAAGCGUUUCCACAGCCGCGUUUGGACUCCCUACCACCGGAUCCUUUGGGUCGCGGAGAGCAGUACUACCUGGACUUGGCCGGGAACAUCAGAAAGGGACCGGUGGGAGUAGGAUACACCUGUUACUGUGCUCCGUUCUUCAGGCACAUGGAGGCUAAGCUGGAGAGGGACAAAGCAGAGCUGAAGGCUCAUAUAGAUCAAGCUCACGAGAGACUAGAUUUGAAGGUGGCUAAUCUAGAGAGGAGAACCAGGGGACAGAUUUCAGAAUUGACGAGAUGCGUGGCUGCUGAGAGGUCCAGGUGCGACGAAAGACAUGUACAUCUUCAGCAACGUUUAUCGAGAGGUGGACGUGGAAGGCACAGCGAGAGACCAGCUAAUAAAGCGUCGUUCACCAACGAACAAUCGUUCCCACCUGCUCGUGCCAGAUCGUUGGAGGAUCUUUUGGACGACAGACCUCACGACAGAAGCUUCGAGAUACCAGGCGAGACACCGAUUCAUCGAGGCAGCCUGGACGAUCUUGAUAUACCAGCUAUACCACGGCUAAGCAAGUCGAUGAGGGACCUACCGUCCGGUUCUGGUGUCUCGAGGUCAACGCUUAGGGUGCUCGACGUGCCUGCCAGAUUGAACGAGACGUUCGACGGAGUGAUCAAGCAGGAUCGCAGCUCGCCGCUAGGGGCCGCUUCUUCGCCGUCGAUCGGGUCGAGGCAACAGGUCCAUCAGCAGCGCGUGAGUGAUCCGUCGUCUCGCGAUCACGGGAUAAACUCGUGCCAGGACGAAAGUAGCGUAACGAGGAAGAACGAGGACACCUCGAACGACUGGAGAUCUUCAGGGCGACGCAGUGUUCACGAGAUGAUCAAGCGAUUUCAACAAGUACCUGGCAUGCAUAACGGCUGGCGGGGUCCGCGUUCAGGAAGCAGCGAACCCACGAGUCCAGAGCACAGUCAGUGCUCACAGAAUCAAAGGGUCCAACCUCAAGGUGGCGUAGGAAACAGCUGGCGUGGCGAAGGUAAUGACAGUGAGAGCAGCGAAGGAGAUGACGACGAGCAGCCGGAAGCAUUGAGCGGAGGAAUCUCUGGAAAAGGAGUGAUAUCAGAGCACGUGCAUUACGACAGCAUCGCCAGAAUGCCAUAUAGGUCCCGUAAUGCGGUUUAUAGCCCAACGCCGCCUUUGCAUGACGCACACAAUGAUUCUGGAUAUAGCACUCGCAUGUAUGGUUCCAGUAAAGGUGCUUCACCUUCGUUAUCAGGUCAAUUGGAAUGCGACGUGAUCCUUCCAACCUCUCCGAACGCAUUUCCCAGCGGCGAACAACUGGCUGCACUGUUGGAACAGCCGAGGAACCACGAUCUCACGGUCUACGAGCGCGGUGCCGACAAUUGCGUAAUUAACAUUGGAACCGCGAGCCUCGUGUAA